CUCUGGUGAUCUUUGUAUAUAUCACAGGAAGCAGGAGAGGGUACUCAAAACUUGCAGGAGUGUUGCAGAAAUGGACCCAAUUAGCUCGAUACCCACCGUUACCCAGCGCGAGCAGUGGACGGUUGAGGAGAUGGUCUCUGAGAUUUAUCAGCUCUUCAGUAGUGUUCCUCACCAUGCCCAGACGAUAAUGUUGGAACUUCGCCGUGACCAGCACAUCGAGUUUCUGACCAGGGGUCUCAGACAACUUGGUCCUAGCUUCCGCGUGUUGGACGCCAAUCGUCCUUGGCUCUGCUACUGGAUCCUUCACUCAAUUGCUUUAUUGGGAGAAUCCAUUUUCUCCGACCUGGAGAAUAAUUCAAUUGACUUUCUCAACCGCUGUCAGGACCCAGAUGGUGGUUAUGGUGGUGGACCUGGACAGUUACCUCAUCUUGCAACAACUUAUGCUGCGGUCAAUGCACUUAUGACAUUAGGCGGCCAGAAAGCUUUGUCAUCAAUUAAUAGAGAUAAAAUGCGUACGUUCUUGUUGCGAAUGAAAGAUCCAUCAGGAGGUUUUAGAAUGCAUGAUGGAGGUGAAAUGGAUGUCCGGGCUUGCUACACUGCCAUUUCUGUUGCAAGUGUACUGAACAUUUUAGAUCCUGAACUGGUAGAAAAUGUUGGAAAUUAUAUCCUAAGCUGUCAGACAUAUGAGGGUGGCAUUGCUGGAGAGCCUGGUUCUGAAGCUCAUGGCGGGUACACCUUUUGUGGGUUGGCCACAAUGAUUCUAAUCAAUGAAUCUCAGCGUUUGGACUUGCGUAGUCUAAUUGACUGGGUUGCAUUUCGUCAAGGAGUGGAGUGUGGAUUUCAGGGAAGAGCAAAUAAAUUGGUUGAUGGAUGCUAUUCCUUUUGGCAGGGAGCUGUAUUUGCAUUAAUUCAAAGGUUAAAUUCUAUCAUUGUUGAACAACUGAGGGCAUUGGAUGUUGGAGGAAGCCUGUCUUGGAGGAGCAUAUGUACUGGUGCAGCUUCUAAUUUAUCUGAAGGUGAAUGUGGUUCAGAUGUUAAAUCGUAUCAAACUGAUGAGAGGUUCCAUGCUAAACAAAAAGAAUUUUCAGAUAUUGGUCUCAACUUUAUCAAGAUACCCGCUGAAUUGGGGCCUCUAUUUCACAGCGUUGCGUUGCAACAAUAUAUUCUCUUAUGUUCUCAGGUACAGGAUGGAGGGUUCAGAGACAAACCUGGGAAGCACAGAGAUUAUUAUCACACAUGUUAUUGUCUUAGCGGUCUUGCAGUCUGUCAAUACAGCUGGUGCAAGGACGCCGAUUCCCCACCUUUGCCCAAGGCAGUGCUCGGUCCGCAUUCCAACCUGCUGGAGCCCAUCCAUCCCCUCUUCAAUGUCGUGUUACACAGGUAUUAUGAAGCCCACAAUUUUUUCAUGGGGUCUUAAAGCAUCAUUAAUUAUUGUUUCAGUCCAAACCAAGGCCCCCAGCUGGUUCGUUGUCUGAAGCAGAUGAAGCACAAGUAUCGAAUGUCUUUACAAAUUGUUGUCAGUUGUAUUAACAGGCAUGUGUGUACAUGUUAUAUAUGGUAGAGGCGAUGCUCACAUUAUGCAAGGAUCAAGGAUGCGAUAUGACCAUGUACUUUGACAUGGACAUGGACUAUUUUAGAUGUGAUGUUAACGGGGAUUUUGAUUAAAUUUCAGAGAUCCCUCAGUCUCAUAAUGCUUAUAUGAACCGAUGCUUUCAGUCUGCUAGAUGCUUUGUCAAAUGUAGAGGUUUAGAAGAUGGGUGGGUACAUAUACAUGUCUCUGAGUCUGAGCUAGUUAUGAGACAGUAAAAUUAUGUCCAAGAGCUCAUACGAUAAACGCCAAAUUUGACUUAUGGCAUGAAUGAAUAAAUGAAAUUUGCACUUGCA